GCGUCGUCCAAUCAGCACCGAGUAAAUUUUGUUUCCGGGAGAGUUUGGUGAUGUGGCUCUGCUUGGAAAUUCAUCCGAGGAGAUCUAGCCGAUAAACAAACCCCCAAAGAUCCACCGGGAAGCACUCAUACAGUGCCAUCCUUAUGUUCAGCCGCCUGGCUACAGUCCUCCAGGAGCUCUCUGGAGAGGAGGGUCAAGAUGGAGAGACACAGGAGGGUGAGUUAACGCCUCAGCUUCCUGCCGACGCAGGCCAGACUCCUGCAGAGUCUGAGGCCCACGAGGAGGCCAUGGAGCGUCUAGCCUCCCUGGAGCAGCUGGUGGUGCAGCUAAAGGAGCUCAUCCGUGACAAGGACACCAAGCUGGCUGGCAAAGAUGCACUGCUCAAGAAUGAAAGGGAGACAAGUGAGGCUCGCUUUACUAAACUCAAACUACAGGCCAAAGCCAAGAUAACCUCCCUCAGCAAGCAGAUUGAUGAUUUGAAGGGACAAGAAGGAGCAAGUAGCCCUGACGGCUCUUUUUCAAGAGAUGUGGUCAUGGAGGGUGACCUACAAGAGCAACAAAGUAAGCUGCGUGAGGAGGAGGCCAACAGUGCCGAGCUGCGAGUACGACUCCAGGUUGCCGAGAAGCUGCUGGAGGAAAAGGAGGCCGCCCACGCUGAGCAGCUGAAGCUCCUCCAGGCAGUGGUGUGCGACAAGGACGUGCGCUUCCAGGAGCAGAUUCAGAAACAUGAAGAGGAGCUGUUGAGGGCCACCUCACAAUCGUCCAAAGAUGGCGAGCUGCAGCAGGCACUCCACGCGGCCCAGCGGCGGUGUGAAGAGCUCGAGGAGACCUUGAAAUCCAGCUCACAAGUGUUGGAAAUGCUGCAGCAGGAAGUCACCAGUGCGGAUCAACAAAAACAGAUCCUGACUGCUCAGUUCCGACAAAUGGAAGGGGAGCUGGCCGAAGCACUCAAGCAAAGGCAGGAGUGGGCCCAGCGGUCCAGCAAAGCUGACAUGGCCCUCCAAGAAGUCCUGCAGCGAGCAAAAGAGGACACGGCGAGGCACGAAAGCAAGCUAUCCUCCCUGAGCGAGGCAGCUAGCGUCAACAUGGAGAAAGAGAAGACAGAAGUUUCCAGGCUGGAAAGAGAGAUGGCUUUCAUGAACGAGACCGCCCAAGCGUGUCGUGAUGCGUCAGAGAAAGACAAGUUGGAAAUAUCUCGCCUCGAAAAGGAGCUCAUGUCUUUGAGAGAGGCCGAGUCAGAAGUCGUCCAGGCCAGUCGGAGUAACCUUCAGGAGACAAAAUCACAAUUAGACAAGCUGGAGCGAGAGCUAGCUUGUCUUGUAGAGGGGCAGGAAGAGGCCCGGAAAAAGAGCGAGAUCUUGGCCGAGAUUUGGAGGCAUUUACAACCUCUCACCCUCCGAGAUGUACAGCCAUCGGAGGACAUUAUGGUCCCAGGUGACCUUUCGCUUGUUCUGGACACUGUGCUGUCUAUUGAGACACAACUGACUAAGCUGAAAGAUGAUCACAGGGAGAGUGAGGAAUGUUGUGUUGAGCUCAGGGACACCAUGGAGGCUCUGCAAGAACAACUGGACAGAACCAUCAUCGAGAAGGAGGACUCCGUCGCCAAGGUUCAGCAGCUGCAGCAGCAGAUCGAGUCGAAUUCUGAAAGGGAUUCAGAGGAGCCACAAGCAGAAGUGUCUUCUGAAGCUGACAGAGCGACCAUAUUGACAUUGGAGCAACAGCUGUCAGAAAAAGACGAUGAGCUGAGCGUCUUGCGGGAACGUCUACGAGUGGCCGAAGAGCAGAGCACCGGGGAUGUUGCUUCGGCUCAAAAUGUUGACCAACCUCCAGCCCAGGUUGAAAUUGAUGACACGGGAGAUAAUUCUGCAACGCCUCCUGACUGCCUGGAGGACACCCAAGAAGAGGAGACCACCUUGGUCGCCCAGGUCAAGUCCGUCCUCUCCAUUUCCGCAGACGAGAGCAGCCCGGAGUUCAUGGAACAUCAGGAAUCCCCCGAAGAGUCCAAAGGGACUUCCUCCGAUGAGAUGGUCACCAGCACUGAUUCUGAGGUGGCUCACAGCAGCUGGACCCUUCUCGAAGCUGUGAACCAGGAUGGUCGCCAGGAGUGGCCGUCGGUCAUGCAGGACCUUGGCCAGCUGCAGUCAUGGGAGACCACAAGCAUGGAGCAGGAAAACUCCACAAUUUCACUCACAUCCUCCUCUGUCAUAAUCCAAGAGACUGUUGCAGUUCACAUCACUCAGGAGGGUGCCUCCACUGAAAUUGCUCCCACAGGUCUCUUUGCUGGGGCCCUGGCGGAGGAGCUCCAGAAGAAGUACAGUGAACAUCUGGCUGAGCUACAAACUCUCAGAGAGGUGGCUGCAGAGUCUCAGGAGAAGAGCAAGAGUGUGGAAGAAGAAACACAAAUAAUUACUGUUGAGAAGGAAGAGGUAGCGUCUCGGGCCAGUCCCUUAGAAGAGGAGCUCAAGUCUGCCACAGAGGGACUACAAAGUCUUUCCCAGCAGAGCAGCUCUGUGGCAGAGAAGCACAAUGCUGAAAUGUGCCUCCUAGAAGAACAAAUCAACAUUCUGUCCAGUGACGGCAACGCUAAGGAGCAGAAGAUCCAAGCUCUUCAGGGUGAUUUGGAAAUGGCUCGCCAAGCCCUCUCCGAGCAGGAGAGUCGGGCCCUGAUGUUGAGUGCACAGCUGGAAGACGGAGAGCUCCUAUCCUCCCAGCUGGAGAGGAAGCUUCAAGAUAUGGAGAACGGCAUGUUGGAACAGUCGCAGAUGUCAGCUCUUGACAGUGACUCUUUGUCCAAGAAGGACUCUGAGAUCUGUGAGCUGCAGCUCCGCCUCAACCAGAAAGAACAACAGAUCACAGAGCUCGACGAAAGCAUGUCUGCGAAACUCAGCCAAGCAGAAGAGGAACUAGUCUUGGUCCACAGUGAAGUCAACAAACUGAAGAAGCAGCUGAUAGAGCUUCAGCAGUUAAGAGAAGAGACAUCUACUUCUGUGAAUGAGGAACUCGUGAGUUUACGCAAGUCCAAAGAGGAGUUUGAAACCCAGCUGGUAAACACAAGAAAGAAGUUGCAGGUUGUGCUCGUGCAACGGAAAGAGCUCAUGAAGAAGGUUGCUGAUCUGGAGAUGGGGGCAAAGCACAAUGCAGAAAAAGAAGAAACGGCAGCAUUUGAAAGACCUUCUGAGGUUGAAAAAUCUUUAGCUGAAGAGAUGGAGGCCAAACUAGCGGAGCUCCAGCAAACAUUGAGGUCCAAAGACGAAGCAAUUGAGAAUCUUCAGUGCAAGAUUAGCGAACAGGAGCAACUUCUGCCUGAAACACUUGCACUGAACAGAGAGCUGAACAAGCAAGCUGAAAGCCAACAGGCCGACAAUUACUCCGACAACAUCUCGUUACGAUCCCAAGUGGCCUCCUUGGAAACAGAGUGUGAAACCCUGAAGAAGAAAGUCGUGGAGGCCCAAGAAUCUCGCAAGGAGAGCAUCCGCAAAGCCAAAGAGAAAGAAAGGCGCCAUCGGGAUCAGCUGAAGCAGCAGGAGGAGGAAUACAGUGAGCUGAUGGGACGUUUUGAGGUGCAGAGUGACGAGCGUGUGGUUCUUAUCACAAAAGUGAGGGAACUAGAAGAUAAAAUGAGCCCUCGGGAAGAGGAGCUGCUUCCUCUGGAGAGCAAGGACUUGGUCUCAAAAAUUGAGAAGACCUCAGCAAAUGACUGGGUCCAAGAAGACUGGGUGGAUUUCGCAACAUCUGAGACGGAUUCUGGGCAACCUGAAUCUGGUGUUCAGGGACAGCUACUGACCGAGCAGUCAGAGGUUCCCUCUGCUCAAAUGGAGGAACCCUUGAAAGCUCUCAGAGAAGAGAUCCAGACUAUCCGGAUGGCAAACUCUGUGCUUGAGAACAAGCUUCAGGAAACUCAGACCAGUCUGUUCCAGAAGGAGAAUGAAUUGCAAGACGUUAGCAAGGAGCUACAAGCCCUACGAGAAAAUGAAAGACAGAUUGAAGCCCUUUCUGAUGAAAUUAAUGAUCUGAGAGAAAACUACCGACAAGCAGAGUCUUGUGCAGAGGCCUUGAAAGCAGAAAUGGAAGCGGCAAGCACCGCAGCAUCUUGUCAGUCCACUGGCUCCAUAGCUGCACUUCAAGCUGAAGUGGAGGAUUUCAAACUAUUUCUGGACAAUAAGAAACAUGAGAUCACUGAGCUAAGCCAGCAGCUCUGUGAGCAAAACACCCUCAUACUCUCAAUGCAGGACACGGUGGGCCAGAAGGAUCAGCAAAUAGCCUCCUUGGAGGAGAAGCUCAACGUGGAACGGGACAAAAGCAAGAAUUUGGAGGUUGAGGUUCCGCAAAGGCGGGAGGAGGAGGACAGCGAAGCCAAGCUCCAGCAGCUUCAGCGUAAGCUUCAGGCAGCCCUGAUCUCUCGCAAGGAAGUGUUGAAAGAAAACAAAACCCAGAAGGAACAGCUGUCUUUGAGUAACACCCUCAUAGCUGAACUGCAGCAGAAGAUGCACGUGGCGCAAGAUGAGCUGGAGAAGCUUAGAGUAGAACGUACCAGACUAAUUGACGAGGUGGACCGCAUGUUGCUAGAAAACCAAAGCUUGGGCUCAUCCUGCGAGAGCCUCAAGCUGGCAAUGGAAGCCAUAGCAAGCGAGAAAGACUCCUGUAGAAGAGAAGGCGAGCUGGCCAAAGAGGAGGCUGCUAGGAUGUGCAAAGAAUGGGAGGAGAAGGUACAUGCCAUGAAGGACGAGUAUGAAACCCUGUUGCUCUCCUACGAAAACGUGAGUGACGAAGCUGAGCGUGUCCGCCGAGUCCUGGAGGGUGCCAGGCAGGAGAGACAGGAGCUCGCUGCCAAAGUGAGGGCCAGUGAAGCCUCGAGGCAGGAAGCCGAAAUGCAGGCCGAGGAGGCACAGAAAGAAGUGGAAUUGGUGAAAGACAAAAUGAGAAAGUUUGUGAAAGCCAAGCAGCAAAAGAUCCUGGAAUUGGAGGAAGAGACAGAAAAACUUCGCGAGGGGCAGGUGAAAAAACUAAUCAAAUCAGAGGAUGAAGCUCAAAUCACUGAGCUAAACAGACUUCGGGAGGAACUGCAGACUUUGAAAGCAGAGUUGGACACUGCAGUGGCGGAAAGAGAUGCUUUAGCACAGAAGAUUGAACAACUGAAGGGACGAUUUGAAGCCCACACCGCUCCCCUCGCAGCGGAGGUUCAGCACUCAGAUCCAGUUGUGACGGAGACAGAGAUGGUUGAGCCCAAAGAAACCCCAGUGGAGAGUCCAGAUGGCCACAGAAGUUCAACAUCUGCUUUAGUUGUAGGAUCAGAACCCACAAGGGAAGAAAUUUUGUUCGAGGACAAAAUAAAGGAGAUGGAGGUUGCUCUUACUUCAGAAAGAGAACGCUGGCUGGAGAGAGAGGCUGAACUGAAGGCUGGACUGGCCUCUCUCCAGCGGGAUCUCCAGGAGAGCAACAAGAGGGCGAGCCUGAUGACCUCCUUGGAAGAAUGUCUGCAGGAGAGCAAAGAGCGAGAAAAGUCUCUGAUUGAGGAGGGCUCUAAACGGGAGGUUCAGUUCAAGGAACUCCUCAGAAACUUGGAAAAUGAGAAAGACAACCUGGAGGAGCGUCUGAUGAACCAGCUAGCCCAGCUAAACGGUAGCAUUGCAGGCUACCAGCAGGAGGUGGCAGACCACCAUGAGCACCUUGCUGAACUUAAGCGGGAGGUGGAGAAGUUGGAGACGGAGCGGAGUGACUUUGAAGCCGAGGCUUGGGCCCAAACGGACCGAGCUUCCCGACUGGAAGAGGGCAUGAGGCAAGCCCAGAGGCAGAGGGCUGAAGCCGAAGCAGGGACUGGGAAGCAGAGGGAGCUGGAGCAGCAGCUGAGGUCUGCUAAGAUGGCCAAACAAGGCAGCCAGAGCAGAGCAGGUCAGCUAGAGGAACUUCUAAGGGAGAAGCAGCUGGAGGUCCGUCAGCUCCAGAAGAACAGCAUUCAGUACCAAGAGAGGAUCAGUGAGCAGGGAGUAGAAGCCAAGGCCCUGCAGCUUGGCCACAAUGAGCUCUGCAAGAACCUUGAGCAGGCCCGAGAGGAGACUUCAAAAAACUUGGAGGACCUGAAGAGAACCAAAUUAGAAUUAGCAAGCUGUAAAUCCAAUUUGAAUGAUGCAAAGGAGCAGUUAAACCAGGUUAUAUUAGAGAAAACAACUUUGGAACAGAACGUCCAACAGAAGGAAGCUCUUUGGAAAGCUGAAGCAGAGCAAACCCUGGACUCAGUCCGAUUCAGAUUAGGAGCUGAAUUAAAGGAAAUGGAGCUGAGACUGGAGGAGGUUUACAGUGAACGGGGCAAAGAAGAAGAAGCCACACUGGAGGCCAGAGAUGCGGCGGAGGCGGCUGACAGACGAGCGCGGGAGAUGCAGGCCCGUCUUGAUGAGUCUCUCGCCAGGCUCGCCGCCUUCUCACGCUGCAUGUCGUCUCUGCAGGAUGACAGGGACAGAGUUCUGGACGAAGCCCGGCAGUGGGAGACACGUUUUAAUGACGCUCUGCUUGGCAAGGAGGCUGAGGUUCGUGACAAGGAAACCAGGGCCAAGGAGCUGGCAGAUAAACUUCACAAAGAAUCUUCUCUCAGAGAAGAACUCCAGCUCUUAGUGGACAGGUUAGAAAAAGUAGACAAGGAGCGGCAGCUGAAAUUGGAUGAAGCAGAGAAGAACUUAAACAAGAGCCGAGCUGAGGUGGAGAGGGAGCACACAGAGCUCCUGAAAACCACAGCCGAGUUGCAGUCAGCGCAAACCGAAGUGCGGCUUCUCACGGGCGAGGUGGAAAGUCACAAUCAGAGAGCAUGCGCUCUGGAGGAGGCGGUGGUUCGGCUGCAGGAGGACGUCGGCAGGGCACGGGCGGACCUGCGGGAGAGGGAGGCGGACGAUCGCCGUCUGUGCCUGACCUUGGAGCGGCUGGAGGCGGACUUGCACACCUCCAAGGCAUUGACGGAGAGCCUGCAGGUGGAGUUACACGAGAAGGAGAAGAGGGAAGUGGAAAUGCUGGCUGAGAAGGAGCAAGCUGUUGCACAGGCUGCGGAGGAGGCGCGCAAGGAGGCGGAGGGCAGGGCGUGUGAUGCAGAGGAAGAGUUGGAGCGCAGGCGAGGGGGGCUGCGAGACGUUGAGGAGAAACUGCGACAGGUUGAGGAGGAGAGCGACAGCCUGCGAACCAAACUGGAUACGUUUACGAAGGCCAUGGGCUCCUUGCAAGACGACCGAGACCGAGUGCUCAACAUGUACAAGCAGCUGGAGGAGAAACACCUCCAGGUUAUGGUGGACAAAGACACUGUGAUCCAGGAGGCAGCGAGUGAGAGCAACAGUCUCAAGGAGGAGCUGCGUUCUCUGCUGGUCCAGAGGGACGACCUGUACGCCGAGAAGGCCAAACUGUCCGCUCAACUCCACGGCUACCGCGACGAACUCAAGCAGGUCCUCAGCAUGAAGGACUCCCAGCACAAACAACUCCUCGCCGCCCAGCGUGAUCGCAUCGCCUCCUUGGAGAAGGAACGUGAUGACUUGGAGAGCGCAGUGAAGAGCGUUGGUGAGUCAGAAGCUGUCAGAGUGGAGCAGGUGACGCCGUUGCAAGCCAUCAACGCUCCUGGAGCUGAGGUGGAGAAGCUGAGGGAGCAGCUGGAGGCUGCCCGAGAGCAAGUGCAAGCUCUGGAGGAGAAUCUUCUCAAGGAGAGGGAGGAGCACAAGAGGGAGACCAAAGAACUCUCAGAGCUGCGCUGGGAGGGAGGCCUGAUGCGCACAGAGUCCGAGAGCGCUCAGGAGAGGGUGGCCGAGCUGGCCCGGGACCUGCUGGCUGUCGAGCAGAAGCUCCUGGAGGAGAAGGAGCUCGUGGCGCAGCUCAGGGCAGAGAACCAGUCGUUCGGCAAGGCAAUGGCCUCCCUUCAGGACAGCAAGGACCAGGCGGAAAACAAAGUCCACCAGCUCAACCUCAAGCUGGAAGAGGCCAGAAAAGUCGUGAACCCUUCUGCAGGCUCCACUGGAGAAGUUUGGAGCCUGAAGAACGCCCUGCAAGCUCUGCAGAAUGACCGUGAGAGACUGCUGGAGCAGCUUCAAGCGCAGACGUCACAGCUGAAGACCAACAAGUCGGAGCUGGCUCGUCUGGGAGCGGGAGAGCUAAUCAAAGUCAGCCAGGAGCUCUUUGAGGAGAAAAACAAGAGCACGCAUAUGGCCAGCGUUGUUGUGGAUAUGGAAAACAUGGCGGCGAGGGACAAGCAGGAAAUAGAGACACUCAGACUGGAACGCUUGGACUGGAUGGCCCAAGCCGAGCAGCUGAAGCAGCAGACUCUUAGCGCCUUGUCCGAGCGCGACCAGCAGCUGAGACAGCUCACCGCCAUGUUGGAGAAAGCCCACGCACACAAGCCCAAACGCCAGAAGGAACACUACCACAGAGAGGCCUCACAGGAAGUGGACAGCGCUCCAGGUGCUCCUCAGGAGAGGAGCAGCCUGCAGGAGGUGCACGUUUCCCAGGCCGAGUUUUCGCAGCUGCAGCGGAGACUAGAGGAAGAGACGCAGCAGAGGCUGAUGGCCGAGGAGCAGCUGAUGGAGGCGCAGGAUCGAUUCAGGCGCCAAGCCACAAGGGAGGAUCACUCAGAGACGGCCGUUUUCAUCGAGUCGCCCGAAGGCAGCGUCACACGCACCCGUCGCGGCACCACCGGCUUGUUGCGGGCGCUGCGUUCGGGCAUGUGCUGGCGCCGUCGCACGCCACUGCUGCUGGGUGUCUACCUGCUGAGCGUGCAUGUGCUGCUGCUGUUGUGUGUGGGCGGCUUCCUGUGACACCUUUAAACGGUUCCCACACACAAGUAUUGCACUUUCGCUACCCUUACAUGCGCGCGCACUCACUUGCCACUUUAUUAGGAACCACCCCCCUCUUGAUCACUUAACAGUCCUGCAAUAACUGUCACCGUCCCCAUCACUAUCCCUGUCGUCCACGCUAGGUGUAACUAAUAAAUUGGCCAGCGAGUGUGGCCAUUUUGAGGGAGCUACUGUUGGGUUUUAACGUAUUAGUUGAGAGGGCAUGAAAGGAAAAUCUUAUGCAUCCAAAUACAAAUUAUUAUAUACAUAUUUAUAUACCAAAAGUGGUUUGAGGUUCAUAUUGUGCAGUUUGCCGUCCGCACACUUGCUGUUGGGAUCACAAAAACUGAGUGUGGUGCAAUUUACCAAUCAUUCCGUUCAGCAUUCUCCCCAAAAAACACACUUUUCCAUAAUAUUCUCUGUUCACUAAUGUUGAUAAUUGAUUCCAAAAGAGAUGAGCUGCUAGCAGUCUACAUUCCAUCCCAUCAUAAAAUACUGUGAUUUUUGUCAAAUUUAUCGUUAGUUGAAAUGGGUCUGUCCUUUCUCUCGUGCUUUCAUCAUUCCUGUUGGACAAGUGCACUGUAUGAAACGGUUUUAAAGGGCUGCAUAGAGGAAAAAAAUAACAUGCUUUUCUGUUACUUCCCUACAAAAAUAACCCAUUUUGGGAAGGGUGGGUGUAGGGUAUCCUUGUUGUUAUUGCUGAUAUAUUCAAGCGCUUUGAAUAAAAGGGUAUUUUUAGUGGGAGAUGGAGUCUGUUUCAGUGUAGUCUUUAUUUUAUUUAUUUCACUUCAAAAGAAAAACAAAAAGAUCACGCUAAAUACUUAGUUUUGCUGGUGUUUUGUUCCUUUUUAUUGCCUGAUACAACUAAAUGUACAUUUGUUUGGAGGAACAGCAAAAACGGGUCAUAAUAGUUUUAAGAACACUACAAAAGUGACUCAUUUUGGGAAGGGGGCGCAUAAGGUAUCCUUGUCAUUUUUGCUGACUUAUCCAAGUGUUUUUAAUAAAAAUAUAUUUUUAGUGGGAA